GAAUUUUCUGUAAUAUAUAGUCAGAAUUGUUUUCCAGUACCUCUGCCAUUGCAUGACUGAAUACACACCAACCAGAUCUUCAGAUUAUAAAUAUAAUACAAGUACUUGCUAAUUGCUCCUCACUCAUCACAACCUUGUUUGUCAUCCUUCUAAUCUCAACAAAACCAACUCAGGUUCCUUCUCCUUUUUUCUCUAGUUAGUUCUUAUCCUUUAAGUAUCUACUGCUUUAGCAUCAAUGAAAUUGUCAAUAUUGGAACUGUAUUUUAUAGUUGAUAAAUGCUAAUUAUAGUCCAUCUUUUCUUAAACUGUGUUCGUAUAGUGUGCAAUACAUGAUGAUAUUUUUAUUGCAUAAUUACUCUUUUUUUUUCAUUUUAGUAUAUUAAUAAAUAAAUUGUUGCAUGACAAUUUAAAAGUAUAUUUGCAAAGUUGUUAUGUUAAAAAAGGUUAAUUACUGACAACUAUUUCUAUUAUUAAUUACCACGAACACUCUUUAUUUUAAAAUAAAAUUAUUUUAAAACUUAAUAUUUUAAUUAGACAUAACAAUGUUAAAAUAAUUAAAAUUAGUGAAUGUAUAUUUCAUUGUUUAUCUUUGGCAAGAUUAACCCAAAAAAAUGUUUACAAUAUUUUCGAAAGUUCAAAAUUUAAAAAUGAUUUUAAUUAAUAUUAAAUUUAGAUUAUCAAAGCUUAUAAUUUUGAAUUUAACUAUUUAGUGUCAAGUAAAAUUUUGCAUGAUUUUUCUAGAUGUGGUAUGCCAAAUCGUUUUUUUAACAUAAUAAAAAGUAUAACAUCCAAUCUCUUUGUCAUACUGUUUCUUGUCACUUAUUUUUGUUAUUAAAUAAAGUAUAUGAACAGUCCCUAAAAUUAUAAAAUUCAUGUUACAUAAUCUUUUAACUAUUAAAGAAAUUUCUUUAGAUUAAUAGUUCAAUGUCAGUAAUUAUAUUAAUGUAGAGACCAAACUGAGAUAUUCACAAUUUCUAUCAAGGAAAGGAGGUAACAUCUAGGAAUUAAAUUGGUUAUCUAUCCAAUUUAUUAAUAUUGUAGUCAAUACAUCAACUUUCACGUUACAGAAUUUUAACCAAAUGGGAGGACGAUCGAGAGAUUUAGCGGGUGAAAUACAGAGUUUAGAGAGAGAAUGGACAGAGAUGCUUCAAGAUGUGAAACCUCCAGACAUGGAUGAAUUCCACAGGCAAUGCAUUUAUAGGGUACCACCAAAUAUUCGUGAAUAUAAUCCCAAAGCCUACACACCUCAAAUUGUUUCGAUUGGCCCUUAUCACAAAGUACGUGACGUUGGAAAAGAAGACAACAUUUUUCAGUCAAUGGAAACUCUUAAACUGAAGUAUCUCAAGGGAUUUCUAGAUAGAACCAAUAUGAGAGAUUUGGUUGUGAAAAUGAAAGAGUUAGAAGAAAGCAACAUUCAAAGUUGUUAUGCAGAGACUAUUGAAUCUAAUGAUGAUUUCUUAAAGAUGAUUUUAGUUGAUGCUUGCUUCAUAAUUGAACUUUUUCUAAGAUGGCAUAGACACAGUGACUGGAAGGGAAAAGACCGUUUGAUGCAAAAACCACGGAUGCUAGGCUAUAUUGAGCUUGACUUGCUAUUACUGGAAAAUCAACUUCCUUUCUGUGUUCUUGACGAACUUCACAAGCUCACUGGUAUGAAUGAGAACUUUCUUGACAUUACUUUAAAGUAUUUUGAAAGCAGACUUUUCGGAAACAUGCGUCCAGAAGAGAGUCCAAAACACUUCACUGAUUUGUUAAUAUCUACUAUAAUAUCAUCAUCAAAACUUGGUCUUGAAAAACUAGAGCGAUGCAAAGAAGUUAAACAUGUAUACAGUGCAAGCCAACUAAUGGAGGCAGGUCUUAAGUUCGAGGUCAAUCCUAAUACAAGCUUUGUUGAUUUGACCUAUUCUAAAUAUGGAGUGUUGAGCAUGCCAAUCUUGAAUAUACAUGACAAUACAGAACUUUUGUUCAGGAAUAUGAUGGCAUAUGAACAUUGCCACCUUUCUACUACAAACAUCAUUACUCAAUAUGUAGUCAUUCUAGAUUUUCUUAUCAACACUGAAGAAGAUGUGAACAUACUUGUUGAAAAUAAAAUUAUUGUCAAUGGUGAUGCUAAUAAAGUGGCUACGAUGUUUAAUAAUCUCACCUCACAACUUAGCAUCCCAGAUUUCAAUUCACACUAUUUCUCCAUCUGCAAUAGCUUAAAUGAAUUCUAUGAAAAUCCUCGCAACAAGUACAAGGCUAUCUUCAUACACGAGUACUUCAACACUCCUUGGAAAAUAGCAUCUACUACGGCUGCAAUUAUGCUACUUUUGCUAACGUUUAUUCAGACGGUAAUUAAUGAGAUGGAUCGUUAUGUGAAGAACAAGAAAGUCAGUUAAGGGAAGAAGACGUUGAUGAUUGUGUUUGAUUGUGUACGUUGUAUUUGUAAGAGAACCUUGUAAGGUGAUUUACUUUGCUGUUGUUUUUCUUUCAUUAAAAUAAAGAUUCAACUUGUUUUCUAA